GGUUUAGUGGUUUUGAUCUUUUGAUUUUUGAUUUGAUAUUUGAUAGAACUUCCGUGCGACUGCGACGCAAGAAACGCUACGAAGAAACAAGUUGAAUUGUUGCUAGAGUGGCAAAUAUUUAUUAUUUGGUGAAGGGCACUCAUGAGGAAGUAAUUUGUUGCUGUUUUGCAGUGUUUCCCAUUGAAUCAUCCUGUACACUUCUAAAGGCUGGAGGGGCAGAAGGUGCCUUUACUUUCUUCCUUGGAUCCUCAAAGUGCAAAUUUGGUUCUAUCAGGAUCCAGCCUUGAAAUGGAUGAUAGUGGUAAACGGCAAGCCACUAGGGUCUUCAAAAAAAGCUCUCCAAAUGGAAAAAUAACUGUGUACUUAGGUAAAAGAGAUUUUGUAGAUCACAUAUCACAUGUUGAUCCAAUAGAUGGGGUAGUAUUAAUUGAUCCUGAUUAUGUUAAAGAUAGGAGGGUUUUUGGUCAUGUAUUAGCUGCAUUUAGGUAUGGCAGAGAAGACCUGGAUGUUUUAGGUCUGACAUUUAGAAAGGAUUUGUACUUAGCUGCUGAACAGAUUUUUCCACAGGAUAGUGCACAAAACAAACAACCUCUAACAAGACUGCAAGAAAGAUUGAUAAAAAAAUUGGGAUCAAAUGCAUUUCCAUUUUACUUUGAGUUACCACCACACUGUCCAGCAUCAGUUACUUUACAGCCAGCUCCUGGAGAUACAGGGAAACCUUGUGGCAUAGAUUAUGAACUCAAAGCAUUUGUUGGUGAAAGCCAAGAUGAUAAACCCCACAAAAGAAAUUCAGUAAGGUUGGCUAUAAGAAAAAUUAUGUAUGCCCCUAGCAAACAAGGAGAACAGCCGUCCGUUGAAGUCAGUAAAGAAUUUAUGAUGAGCCCUAACAAAUUAUAUUUAGAAGCAUCUCUUGACAAGAAACUCUAUCACCAUGGAGAAAAUAUUGCUGUUAAUGUCCAUAUAGCAAAUAACUCUAAUCGUACAGUGAAAAAGAUCAAGGUAUCUGUGAGACAAUUUGCAGAUAUUUGUCUCUUUUCUACAGCACAAUACAAAUGCACAGUUGCAGAAACAGAAAGUGAAGAAGGCUGUCCUAUUGGACCUGGUUUCACUUUAAGCAAAGUUUUUACACUUACUCCACUAUUGGCCAAUAACAAAGAUAAAUGGGGCCUUGCACUUGAUGGUCAAUUGAAACAUGAAGACACCAAUUUGGCAUCCAGCACUCUGGUUGCAGAUUCAUCACAACGAGAAAAUUUGGGAAUAAUCGUCCAGUAUAAGGUUAAGGUUAAAUUAUGCCUAGGAGCAUUAGGGGGAGAUCUGGUGGCUGAACUUCCCUUUAUUCUAAUGCAUCCUAAACCAGAGGAAGAGGUGCUACCUCCUCCUACCCCUUCUAGGCGUGUGAGUGAAGAUGUCCGAAAUGAUGUUCCAGUUGAUACCAAUCUCAUUCAACUAGAUGCUGAUGAAAACAGUCUCCAAGAUCAUGAUGAUGAUAUCAUCUUCGAGGACUUCGCCCGACUUAGGUUGAAAGGAGGAGAGACUGAUGCAUGAAAACGGGUACUUAUGAAGGCAAUUGAACCAGCCUGUCAAUUUGUACCCAUGCGUACUGAUGUGUAUAUCAGCUGCGAAUAGGUAUCUAUAUGUACCUAGUAACUCAGUGUGUGUGCCCUAGUCAUCGGCUAUGCUUGAAGCCACAACCAGAAUGCACUUAUUGUACGUUUAAACAUGUUCCCUUCUUAAUUUUUAUGUAUGUUCUAAUAUAUCAGUAAUUAUUUAUUAAAUUUUAACAAUAAAUUUUAACAGUACCUACUUGGAAAAAUCUAUAAAGCUUUUAAAAAAUAAAUGUCAAUUCAAUAAUACUUCUGCUCUGAAGUAUUGGUAAAUGUUUUGAGAGAUGUG